AUGGUUCUUAUUUGUAGAUUGAUCGAUAGGCCUUUGCGUCCAACUAUGCUUAAGGGCUUCUACCAUGAAACUCAAAUACUAUCUUGGGUCUUGAGCUAUGAUGGUUUGCAUGCCCCAGAUUCUUUGGCAAUAACAGCAGCUGGAAUUGCAGUAGCUCUUUCAGAAGUGCCAAAUUCAAAAGCUAUUGCAGGAAUCCGAGUUGGUCUCAUUGGUGAUAAGUUUAUUGUGAAUCCGACAACCAAGGAGAUGGAGGACUCGAAAUUGGAUUUGUUGCUAGCAGGAACGGAUGAUGCGAUAUUGAUGAUAGAGGUCAACUCUUGCUCUUUUUGUUUCCAUAGGAAGCUAUUGGCUUGGGCAAAUAGACACAUCUUUUCAACCAUGGGCAAAGUGGGUCUCAUUAAUUUAUUGGAGUUGAGAAUUCUCCAUGGGACACGAAUAUUGUACGAAAUGAACAUGCGGACAUGGCAAGUUUCUAAAAUACCAGUGGAUUGUGGAAGCCAUGUGACCAACACGCGAAAGUCCAAACAUCCAAGAGUCGUAAGGCCUAGGGCCAAGAUUGAUGACAUUAGUGUUUUGAAAAGCUCGCCUAGGCGCUCGCCUAGGCGAGAAGCGAGGCGAGGCGAGCUUAUCUCGCCUGGAGGACCCCAGGCGAAGCGAACGGGUUCUGUGAUUUUCUUCCUGAAGAGAAGUUGCUUCGAGCAGUAG